UUGUCCAUCUUUACGGAUCAGAGUUCUGCACGGCUAAUUGAGUGUUUAAGACCUAUAUAUAAGAUAACGCACGUACCAUGCAACUCCUACAAUUGUAUCAAAUUAAACACCCUUAAUUCUCUACCUAAAUAUCUCCCCUUAUAUUCUCUAACAAACAUGGAUUUGUUGAGCUACAUAAAGUGGAUAUUACCAUUAUAUGCUACAUCCUAUUUAAUUGUUUCACUUGCAAAAUACAAGUCAUACGUUAAAAAACUACCUCCUGGACCCUCCCCUUUGCCUAUUAUUGGCAAUCUCUUGAACCUUUUACCUCACAUCACCAAACCUCACAAGUACUUUGAUGAACUUGCUGAGACUCAUGGCCCCAUCAUGAGCCUUCAGCUUGGUUCCACGACCGCCAUUGUCGUAUCAAAUGCCAUGCUUGCCAAACAAGUCCUCCUUAAUAGCCAUGACACCCUAUAUGACCUUGAUGCUUUUCGAGCUAGCGAUCAUGAUAAGUUCUCCAUUGGACCACUAUCAGCCUCUUCUCCCAUGUGGAGAAUUCUUAGAAAAAUCUACAACAACCGACUAUUGAGUGAAAAGAUGCUCGAAUCAAUGAAGUCUCAUAGGUACCGAAAGUUGGAGGACUUGCUAUGUUAUAUGAAAGAAUGCUCGCAAACCAACAUUGUUGUCGAUGUUGGACAAACGAUUUAUGAUGCUUCUUUCGAUAUUAUAUCUAGCACUAUUUUCUCUAUGGAUUCGAGUAGUGAUUCGAGGAUAAAAGAGAUUAAGGAUUUAAUGGAAUGUAUCAUAAAUGAGAUUGGGAGACCUAACAUAGUAGAAUGUUAUCCCAUUCUUAAAUUGAUCGAUCCACAACGCAUUAGACACCGGCUAACAAGUUAUUGUGUUAGAUUGUUUAAGUUAUUUGAUGAAGUUUUAGCAUUGAGACUAAAGUCUAAGAAUGAUCAAAUGCACAUUUCAAAUUCGUACCACGAUGAUCUAUUGGACGUGAUGUUAGAUGUUAUGGAAGAACAAAGGGACGAAAUCAAUCAAGAUCAUCUUUACCAUCUGCUGUUGGAUCUUCUUGGUUCUGGAAUGGACACCACCUCAAAAACAGUGGAGUGGGCAAUGACAGAGUUACUUAGAAAUCCUAUGGCUCUAAGCAAGUUGCAAGAAGAAUUAGAUGGAUUGAUGCUAAAAUGCAAUAUGGAAUAUAUAUUGGAAUCGCAUAUCUUUGAACUUCCAUACCUACAAGCAAUAGUUAAAGAAACCCUUAGACUUCAUCCAGCAGCUCCAUUGUUACUCCCUCGCAAAGCAGAAAAGGAUGUAGAAUUUGACGGCUUUCAAAUCCCUAAGGAUACAAUGCUUAUAGUUAAUGCAUGGACUAUUAAUCGCGAUCCACAUACUUGGUCUAACCCGAAUUCAUUCAUUCCAGAGAGAUUCUUGGGGUCGGAGAUUGAGGUUAAGAGCCAAUUUAGCCAACUCUUUACAUUUGGUGGAGGAAAGAAAAUUUGCCCGGGGAUGCCCUUGGCCAUUCGCAUGAUUUCUUUGGUAUUGGGUAAUUUGAUUCACUCGUUUAAUUGGAAAUUUGAAGAUUUUGAGGAGUUGCAACGGGUUUUAGACAUGGAUGAUCUAUGUGGAAUUACAAUAAAGAAGACCAAAUCACUACGUGCUAUUCUGAUUAAUCGUUCGUGAUAAUUUAUGUUGAAGCUACGAUUUUUAUUUUUUAUAUAUAUAUAUUUUUUGAAAUAUGAAGCUAAGAUUUAUGAUGCACAUACUAAUUAAUCCAAAAUUAGUU